AUGUCAAAGUCAGAGGGCGAGCUUGCUCAACCGGUGCUCCAGGUUGCUUCACGCCGCCACACCUGGAAGUAUGAAUUCGAGUGGUAUCGAAAGAAUUUCCACAAAGUUCUCCAUGCGGGUCUUUUGGGACCAAUAGCUGUCAUAUUCUGGGCUGCCCCAUACGUUGUUGCCAGGAAAAACACCAUCAUCAUGGCUAUUACUUGGGGGAUUGUAGGGGGCUUUAGCAUUACAAUUGGAUAUCAUCGACUUUGGGCUCAUCGAUCAUUCUCGGCAUGCAUCGGGAUAAGAAUCGCCCUUGCUGUCGUUGGAGCUGCUCAGAAUCAAUGGCCCAUUAUGUGGUGGGUGAAACAUCACCGAGCCCACCAUCAAUACACAGACACGGAUCAAGAUCCCUAUAAUGCUAAAAGAGGCCUGCUAUUCUCUCAUAUUGGCUGGCUACUGGGGUUAAACGAGAGAGCAUGGGGUCCGGUAGACUUAUCAGACCUGAAAAAGGAUCCGGUAGUCAUUUGGCAAGAUCGAUUAUACUGGCCUCUUCUCAUCACGGUCGGCAUUCUUCUGCCCGGUGCCGUAGCUCAUUGCGGCUGGGAUGACUGGGAGGGUGGCGUACUCUACGCAGGGAUAACUCGAAUUAUUUUAACGCAACACAUCACGUUUUUGAUCAACUCAGUGGCUCAUGCCCCGUGGGCUGGGACUCAGCCGUACUCUACCCGUACAACUGCCCGGAAUAACCCUCUUCUCGCCAUUUUGACACUUGGAGAAGCGAACCACAACUACCACCAUGCGUUUCCGACUGAUUAUCGAAAUGGAGUGAAUUGGAGUGAGCCGGACUUUUCGCGAUGGAUUAUCUGGCUAUGGGGAAGACUUGGUUGGGUGAAUGAUCUAAAAGUUGCCAGCCCAUUGGAGAUAGAACAAGCUCGCUUCAAACGGAAGAAGGAAAGCACCGAGAGCCAAAAUGGCAAUAACGAGGAUAUGCAGGUCUUGUACAGGCUUUCUCGGAUGAGCUGGAAAGAGUUCAGGAAGCGAUGUGAUGGUGUCGAAGAACUCACCUGCAUAAACGGAGCGGUAUAUGACGUUUCGGACUUUAGGGACGAUCACCCAGGCGGUCGUGAUCUGAUUCAACAAUCCAUUGGGAAGGAUGCAACUGAUCUGUAUAAUAGAAUUCAUUUUCACUCCCCCCAUGCUGAUAAUAUCCUGAAGAAUCUACAGGUCUCUAUUUUAGAGAAUCCUCGUCACUGA